UAAGGACCACAUGAACGACUACGAAACGCUAGACUACAGCAUAGUGGGCGGCAACACAGAUGGCAUGUUUCGUCUGUAUGAGGUUACCGAUCCAAUGCUGAUCCUACAAGCAGCGCUCGACUACAAUCUAAAAUCGGCCGAUUACUCACUGAUCAUAGAAGCUAGUGACGGUCUGCACGUCACCAGCACGACGGUAGAGGUCACUGUGCUCGAUACAGAUCGUAUGCCACCGAUGUUUCAACAGGACACGUACACGACCUCUGUGAUAGAGAAAUCUCCCCCACAGGAUGUUGUCACCGUCAUGGCCGCUGACCAGGACCGGGGGCUGGACGCCGCCAUAGUGUACGAGAUCGUGGAAGUGAGGGCUCUGGGAGCUGCCGCGGCCGACGCACCGACCUACCUGGAGAUUGAUCCAACCACCGGAGUGCUGCGCAUCGUCAAACCGGUCGACCGUGACAAUGACAUCCAACACUUUUAUGUCACCAUCAAGGCGUCUGAGGAACCCAAUCCGGAUUACCGGUACGCCUAUUGCACCGUCGACAUCAAGGUCAUCGAUAUCAACGACCACGACCCCGAGUUUGACCCGACCAGCUAUGACGUCAGCAUACAGGAGAACUCACCUGCGGGAACGUUUGUUGCUCAGGUGUACGCGGUGGACAUUGAUGAG